AUGUGUUCUUGGGCCGUGGUCAUGUUUCAACCCCCGACGUGUAGACCGGAUUGGACCGGCUGUCAACGAAGAAGCCUGAUUCUGCCGCUCCUGCUGCUGCUGCUUCUCUACAGCUCCCUCAAGGCCGCUCAGGCUGCCAAAUCCAAAGGGCCUGGACACACACAUUUGAACUCUAUCCGCAUCGACGGGGAUAUCUCCUUAGGUGGGCUCUUCCCAGUACACGCCAGGGGCCACGAUGGCAAGCCAUGUGGGGAGCUGAAGAAAGAGAAGGGUAUACACAGACUGGAGGCCAUGCUCUUCGCCCUUGACCGCAUCAAUAAUGACCAUAAUCUGCUGCCUAACAUCACACUGGGGGCGCGAAUCCUGGACACCUGUUCCAGGGACACUCAUGCCUUGGAGCAGUCGCUCACCUUCGUGCAGGCUCUGAUCGAGAAGGACGGGACAGAUGUCAAAUGUCUGGGUGGGGGAGCACCCAUUAUCACCAAACCUGAGAGGGUGGUGGGUGUCAUCGGAGCCUCCUCCAGCUCGGUCUCCAUCAUGGUGGCUAACAUACUACGCUUGUUUAAGAUACCUCAGGUAAGCUACGCUUCCACGGCUCCAGAACUCAGUGACAACAGCCGCUAUGAUUUCUUCUCCCGAGUGGUGCCUCCAGACACCUACCAGGCCCAGGCCAUGGUGGACAUUGUCAAGGCUAUGCGAUGGAACUACGUCUCCACAGUGGCCUCAGAGGGGAACUACGGAGAGAGCGGCGUCGAUGCUUUCAUUCAGAAGUCUCGGGAGGAUGGGGGUGUGUGCAUCUCCCAGUCUGUCAAGAUUCCCCGGGAGCCCAAGCAGGGAGAGUUUGACAAGAUUAUCCGACGACUCAGAGAAAACCCAAAUGCAAGAGUUGUCAUACUUUUUGCCAACGAAGACGAUAUCAGGAAGCUACUCCAUGCAGCUAAAAAGGCCAACCAGACAGGUCAUUUCAUCUGGGUGGGUUCGGACAGCUGGGGCUCAAAGAUUUCUCCUGUUGUACACCAGGAGGAGAUGGCAGAAGGAGCAGUUACCAUCCUGCCCAAGCGGCAGUCAAUCAGAGGUUUUGAUCGUUACUUCAUCAGCCGAACGCUGGAAAACAACAGAAGGAAUAUCUGGUUUGCUGAGUUCUGGGAGAACAACUUCAGCUGCAAACUCAGCCGUCACGCUGUGAAGAAAGGGUCCGGGCUUAAAAAGUGCACAAAUCAAGAACGGAUAGGAAAGGACUCGCACUAUGAGCAAGAAGGAAAGGUGCAGUUUGUCAUUGAUGCCGUCUAUGCAAUGGCUCAUGCUCUGCACAACAUGCACCAGGAGCUGUGCCCGAGGACGGUGUUCCUCUGUGCUAAAAUGGAUCCCAUCAAUGGCACUCAUCUGCUUAAGCACAUACGCCGCCUUAACUUUUCAGGCAUAGCUGGCAACCCAGUUCUCUUCAACGAAAACGGAGAUGCCCCCGGGCGCUACGAGAUCUACCAAUACCAGAUCCAGGACCAAACGGCUGAAUACAAAAUCAUCGGAGAUUGGACGGAUCAUCUCCAGCUAAACGUUAGUACGAUGCAGUGGCCUGGCGGUGUCCGUCAGAUCCCUUCCUCAAUCUGCAGCCACCCCUGUCGGCCCGGCGAGCGCAAGAAGAUCGUGAAGGGCAUCCCAUGCUGUUGGCACUGUGAGCGCUGCGAUGGCUAUCAGUAUCAGGCGGACACCUACACCUGUAAGAUGUGUCGCUUUGAUUUGCGGCCCAACGAGAAUCACACCGGCUGUGUUCCAAUCCCCAUUGUUAAGCUGGAGUGGAGCUCUCCGUGGGCAGUCAUCCCUGUGCUUAUUGCAGUCGUUGGCAUCAUGGCCACUCUGUUUGUGGUUGUCACCUUCAUCCGCUACAAUGACACUCCCAUUGUAAAAGCAUCAGGGCGAGAGCUGAGUUAUGUGCUGCUAACUGGCAUCUUCCUCUGUUAUGCUACAACUUUCCUAAUGAUUUCUACCCCCGAUGUAGGAAUCUGCUCCCUCCGCAGGAUCUUCUUGGGUCUGGGCAUGAGUAUCAGUUAUGCUGCCCUGCUUACUAAAACCAAUCGUAUCUACCGCAUCUUUGAGCAGGGUUCAAUGUCUGUGAGCGCUCCCAGGUUCAUCUCUCCGGCCUCCCAGCUAGCCAUUACGUUCACCCUGGCAUCAGUGCAGCUGCUCGGUGUGUGCAUCUGGUUUGGCGUGGAUCCCUCCAAAGCCAUCAUUGACUAUGAGGACCAGAGGACAUCUAACCCGGUGCUGGCUCGUGGUGUGCUCAAGUGUGACAUCUCUGACCUGUCUCUGAUCUGCCUGCUGGGCUACAGCAUGCUGCUUAUGGUCACUUGUACAGUCUACGCCAUUAAAACCAGAGGGGUGCCCGAGACCUUCAAUGAGGCCAAGCCCAUUGGUUUUACCAUGUACACCACCUGCAUUAUUUGGCUAGCAUUCAUCCCAAUAUUCUUUGGCACCUCACAGUCCACAGAAAAGAUGUACAUCCAGACAACCACGCUAACCAUCUCUGUGAGCCUGAGCGCCUCAGUGUCCCUGGGGUUGCUCUACAUGCCCAAGGUCUACGUGGUUCUUUUCCACCCCGAGCAGAAUGUGCCCAAGCGUACACGCAGCCUCAAGGCCGUGGUUACCGCUGCCACCAUGUCCAACAAGUUCAACCCCAAGGCCGGACUCAGACCCAACGGAGAAGCCAAGACCGAGCUGUGCGAAAGCUUCGAAACACAAGGUUUCUCAACAAAGCAAACAUACAUCAGCUACAGCAACCAUGCAAUCUAA